AUGGCGAGUUCCAACACCACCGGUUUGAUCGACGCCCAGAUCAACGAGUCUGCCGGGAGUGACAUCUGCGGGAAGACGGGCACGCUGUUUGACAAGUAUGUCCACACAGCCAUGUAUUGCCUCGUGCUGCUGGUGGGUCUGCCCGGCAACUUGACCGCAAUUUGGCUGUACGCGCGCAGCGUGAGGACCUGGAGCUCCAGCACGGUCUUCCUCUUCAACCUGGCUGUGGCCGACCUCCUCUACCUCCUCACCCUGCCCAUGCAGAUCGUGUACCAGGCAAAUGACAGCAUAUGGGUGUUUGGCUCCAUCACAUGCAAGCUGAUGCGCUUCUUGACUUAUGCCCAAAUGUACACCAGCAUCAUCCUCUUGGUCUACAUUUGCCUGGAUCGCUACGUAGCCAUCGUCCACCCUCUGAAGUGGCACCGCUCGCCACGACACCGCGUGUCCCUCUGGAUGUGCGUCGCUGGCUGGACGUGCAUUUUGGCCCAGGUGUCGCCCCUCUUGUCGUUCGUGUCCGUGUCUCAGUACCCAUCCAGCAACAACUUGCGGUGCCACGGAUUCACAGACUCCGCUGACAUCGCAACAAUGUUCGUCUACAGCCUCGUGCUCACCGUCCUGGGUUUUACGCUACCUUACCUGGUUAUGCUCGUGUGCUACCUGCUAUGCGUGCGAGCGCUCCGGCAGGAACGCAUGCAAGGUCGGCAAAUAUCAAAGGAAAAAUCUGUCAAGAUCAUCAUCUGUGCCCUGGUGCUCUUUUCCACUUGCUUUGUGCCGUACCACAUAUUGCGAAAUGUCAAGAUGUACUUCACUCUCUAUCCACCGCAUCCGUGUGACAAUCAGGUAUGCAGAGGCUAG